AUGGGCAAAGUGACGGAGCAAUCCUGUGCCCCUGCAAGUGAUCCCGUUGGAGAUACAGGACCACCACCUUAUACAGAACAUGACCCCCAGACUGCAGGGCGCGAUUUACGGAAUGUCGCACCAUCUUACAAUCGGUUAACCGGUGAACCAACUCUUAACGCAACAACUAAGUUUCCAUCUGCUAUGAACGGCUACUUCCAAUGGAAACUAACCACAAUAUUCCACCUCGGGCCGACCGCAGAUGAAAAGCUAUAUGCGGUUUCAUCACACACCACCGUCCUCAGCAACAAACCCUCGAUCGUUUUGCACGACGGCCCAACUGACAAACACCCAGUAAUAGCGACUGCCCGUGGCGACAGGUGGGGCAGAACCAGACCCAUCAUGCUCACUCUGCCAACACGUCCAGAAUCUCAACACAACAAUGACAUUGUGGAAGAGAUGGUCCCCGGGACACUGAAGAAAAUGUCUCACACCUUCACAUUCACAGCCUCCGUGGGCCCCAAAGGGACAUCAAGGGAAGCCUUCGAAUGGCGUCAGAGCCAUGGGAAUGAAAUCAAGGAACUUUCCGGGCAUUCAUAUGGCUGGAAGUUGGUACGACUGACAGGGCCAAUGAAUACAGCAGGAGGAAGCAGGAAGGAGCGUGAAAGAGGUUAUACAAGUGAUGGCUUAGAGGUUGUGGCUGUAAUAGCGCACAAUGCUUCAUGGAGCAUGACCAAGGGGUUUCGUUUCGCCUUCAUGGGCAGUGGGCUGACUGGUACUUUAGGGGAAAUCUGGGAGAUCUUAGUGGUCCUGUCAGCUCUAGAAAUGUGGUACUUGGACGUCCAGAGCUCCGCAGCAGCAGCCGGCUCCGCCAGUGCUACCAGUGCUGCUGCUGCUACUUAA